CUGACAGAGAGGGGGCAGAGCCGCCGAGGCGGUGCUUGACAGGAGAGAUCCGCACCCACAGUCUGUGCUCUGCACUUCGCCGCUUCCACACCGCCGUGCUGCUCCCUCGCCGCAAAGUUAACGGCCACUUUGCUUCGCAGCUGAAAGCAGGAUUUCGACCGGCUGCUGACGUGCAUCGCGACGAUUUUCACUGAAAACCAACAACGGAGCGGCUACGGAAAGGCAGGCAGUUAGUGCAGAAGCAGGCAUCAUGUCCACCCCCACAAACCCAGAGGUGAAGGAACUGAGCCCCGUCGACUUUAUCCAGCUACAGCAGUACAUUGAAUACUGCAGCUUGAAGGUGAAAGACGUGCUGAGGGAAUUUGAUGCAGAUGGCAGUCUGGCCCGGCACAGACACGGAGAGUGCAUCAAUGAAGAAGGCUUUCGUCUCUUCCUGAAGACUUAUUUGGAAGUGGAGGACAUCCCUGUGGAUCUUUGCCAGCGACUCUUUCGCUCCUUCCAAAACUCUGAACCCACCCAGGAAGACAGUGCCAAGGAGGUCUUUCUGAAGGAUGUUUCAUGUUACUUCUCUCUGCUGGAGGACGGUCAGCCCAGGGACAAGCUCGAGUUCGCUUUCAAGCUGUAUGACAGAGAUGGCAACGGAGUCCUUGACAGCUCUGAAGUGGAUAGGAUUAUUGCUCAGAUGAUGCACGCUGCAGAAUACCUCGGAUGGGAUGUGUCAGAGCUGAGGCCAGUUCUGAAGGAGAUGAUGACAGCAAUUGAUGCUGACAGCAGCGGCACGGUGUCCUUGGACGAGUGGGUGGAAGGAGGCAUGAACAACGUUCCCUUGCUGGUCUUGCUGGGUCUGAAGAUGACCCAAAAGGACGGUCAGCACCUUUGGAGGAUGAAACAUUUCAACAAGCCUGUUUACUGCAACGUUUGUCAGAGCAUGCUGCUCGGUCUGAGGAAGCAGGGCCUGUGCUGCACCUGUUGCAGAUACACGGUGCAUGGCCGCUGCGCUAACAGGAACCCGGCUCCCUGCACCAGGACGUAUGUGAAGUCAAAAAAAGAAACGGGGGUUCCAGCGCACGACUGGGUGAGUGGGAACUGCGACUCUAGGAAGUGUGAUAAAUGCCAGAAGAAGAUCAAGAGCCUCCAAGGCUUAACGGGCAAACACUGCGUGUGGUGCCACACGAUCCGUCAUGAUGAAUGUGCAGACCAAGAGCCAACAGAGUGUACCUGUGGGCUGCUCAGAGACCAUAUCCUGCCUCCAUGGGCAAUAUAUCCUGUUAUAAAGGAGAGACCAAACAAUGUGAAGAAUGGCAGCUCAGGCACAACAGAUGACAGUGAGCUCAAUACUACUCCUGAUGGACAAGUGCUCCAGAUCAGCCCUGUGCCAAACACCCAUCCUCUGCUCGUGUUUGUCAACCCUAAAAGUGGCGGCAAGCAGGGAGAAAGAGUCCUGCAUAAAUUUCAGUAUUUACUGAAUCCACGGCAGGUAUACAACCUUUCAAAUGGUGGACCUGGACCAGGAUUGAGCUUCUUCAGAAAUCUGCAGGAUUACAGGAUCCUGGUGUGCGGGGGAGACGGAACGGUUGGCUGGAUUUUAGAUGCAAUAGACAAAGCCAAUCUGCUGGUACAGCCACCUGUCGCAGUGCUUCCUCUGGGCACAGGAAAUGACCUUGCACGAUGUCUGCGAUGGGGAGGAGGUUAUGAUGGUGAGGAUCUGAGUCGUAUUCUGAAAGACAUCGAGGGCAGCUCUCGGGUGCUGAUGGACCGCUGGAGUGUGCAGGUCAUCACGGAUGAGAAUCAGGAGAAAGGCGACCCGGUGCCUUAUGAAAUCAUCAACAACUAUUUUUCCAUCGGCGUUGAUGCCUCCAUUGCCCACCGCUUUCACACAAUGAGGGAGAAACAUCCCCAGAAAUUCAACAGCAGAAUGAAGAACAAGCUGUGGUAUUUCGAAUUUGCCACUUCAGAAACCAUCUCUGCUUCCUGCAAGAAACUGAGCGAAAGUCUAACAAUCGAGUGCUGCGGUACUCCACUGGAUCUCAGCAGCCUGUCUUUAGAGGGGAUUGCCGUCCUAAACAUUCCCAGCAUGCACGGUGGCUCCAACCUAUGGGGUGAGACCAAAAAAGGGGACGCCAAGGGACUAACGAGUCAGGAAGAGCCGGAGGUGAUCAUUGACCCAGAAACCCUCAAAGUGACCUCCCAAGAUCUCAGUGACCGUCGAUUAGAGGUGGUCGGCCUCGAAGGAGCCAUGGAGAUGGGACAGAUAUACACGGGCCUCAAGAGCGCCGUGAGGCUCGCGAAGACAUCACAAAUCACCAUCAGGACAAAGAAAGCAUUACCAAUGCAGAUAGAUGGAGAGCCAUGGAUGCAGCCUCCCUGCACGAUUCACAUCACACAUAAGAAUCAAGCCAGUAUGUUGAUGGCUCCACAGGCCAAAUCAUCUGGCUUCUUCAACUACAAAUAAAACUGCUAGCCGUUUAUUGUACAUAGAGGACUGACACUUUUAUGCAUGUAUGAAUUCAAACUGUAUGGUGAGAUAUGUUUGCAUCGUGGCAAAAAUGAUUUAGACCAAAUUUACUCUGCGUUUUUAUGAAUACUCAACACUCUCGUUGCCUCUGUCUCAAUGCUUCACAGUUAGUGGGUUUGUUGCUCUGUAGGAACUUAAAGCCAGGUUAAAGUAAAGUGACUAUCAUGCUAAAAGAAGAAUAUUCAGCUUCAUGUGCCUUUUAAAAUCUGUUCUCCGUGAUUAUGGCUUAAGUAGAGGACAUGCAGAGCGCUGUGUAGGCAUGCAGUUUGGACAUAAACCAUUUGCGUAGUAUCGCUGCUUUAUCGUGGCUGUAAAGAUGCUGUGAAAGCCAGAUGUGCACUCGUCAAUUUGGAACCAAAAGAGAGGAAGGACAGAUGAGAUUACAUUUCAGAAUGUGGAUGAAGUUAUUUGAUAUUUUUUUCAUGUAUUUCAGGAGAUACUUGAAAGCAUUUUGGGGAACAGUAGUGGUACAAUCAUUGCCAUAAGGGCUGCAUAUUGAUCCAGCCAGCCUAUUCUGCUGUUCAGGUCUGUGUGUGUGUGUGUGUGUGUGUGUGUAUGUGUAUGUGUGUGGGUGCGCGAGCGUGUGUGAGGGCAGAAAGUCUUUUGCUGUACUCGUUUAGUGCAGAAAGAUGACAGAUAUUCACUUCUAACUUAUGAGUUGAGAUGAAUUUGAUUUGAAAUGAUCCGUUCAGACCAGUUCAGACAAAUGUAGUUCUUAUUUAAAUGCUUUAUCAGUCAUAUCAAUUCUGUGUAUCUUGAAGAUGUUAAUGUAAUAUGCCUGAAAUAAUACACUGUGUAAAGAUUUUAAUAAAUCAUCUGGACUUCA